GGGGGAGGGGGGAGGGGGGAGUGUAUGCUAACUGUAAACCGCUAAUAAAAACCGUGUAACAAACAGAAAGGAUUCAUCACUACGAUGGGAGUUAAAAUCUAUUACACCACCGUCACUGCGUCAAGAGAGGUGAAAUCACAGCAGGCUGAAGUCAUGCGCAUUUUAGAGAGUAAGAACAUCCAGUUUGAGCUGAUCGACAUCGCCGUGAGCGGAGACCUGCGGCAAGAGAUGAGGACCUUGUCUGGUAACCCGUCUGCCUCCCCGCCGCAGAUUUUCAACGAUGAUCAGUACUGUGGGGACUACGAAAUGUUUUCUGAGGCAGUAGAGACGGACACUGUGGAGAAGUUUCUCAAGAUUGCAUAAAAGUCCUCCAUGGUAGCAUUCAAUGCCUUUUCCUUUGCUUUGCUGGAGCUCGAGUCUUAAAAGGAGAGACCCACCUCGUGUCCUUUGCCCGGUGAUGACGUCUACUUUCCUUUGUGUCUAUGCCACUUUAAUUUGCCAAACAUUUCCUGUGUGUCAUGCAGUGAUCUGAAAGCACACAGAGAGCUUCACUGGAUUUACCCUGAUUAUAAUCUAUUAAAUGUGGUUUAAUCUGCACUCAAACGCAACAAACCUGAUCUCCUGUGGACCAAAAUACCAUCAGUCUUACUUUAUAUCUGUUUGCUUUUACUGUUGCUUGUCUCCUCUUGACAGACCACAUCCACAUGUUUGGUGGUCAGCAUGCUAUGUUUAAUUGUGUGUUGUUACAUAAAUGACGUGGCUGCUUUGGCAGUUUGUUGUGGACCAGACGCACAUGACCUUCGACAUCUCUAACUGAUCUGAAAGCACUGUUUUAUGGCUCCAAAUGUGGGAGAUGACCAUGUUAUCAAGCUUCACAGCAUGAAAUCAUUCCUUUGUAUUUUUUGUGCCAAUAAAUAUUCCUGAACAUGCA